GCUCGUUGGUCAGCCAGAGCAUAAGGCGCACGCAACUCGCAGUCGAGAACCUAAUCCCCAAUCCUCAUCUGGCAUCCGGCCAUCCCCAUCCAGCCCUCCCACCGGGGCCGUCCGGCCAUCCGGGCGUCCGCCGCUCCGUCCUGUCAUUCCACCAAGAAGAGACGCCGCUCUGCUCCCCUUCGAAGGAGCGCUGCCUUGUGCCCUGCCUGCCUGCUCCCUGCUGGAUCUCCCUCUACCACGAGCAGCCAGCCCGCCAGUCGCCGGACGUCGGUCCGAACUCUGAAGCAAGGCAGCAAGCACUCGGCGCCGCGGGCCGCCGAUCCGGAGCCCGGAGGAGAUGAUGGGCUGUUGCCCAAGCUCCUGAAUGGCUGAUUCCCCCUGAAUCCCUAGUUUCUGACGCCCUUUGGCCUUUGGAAUCGAAGAUGAAGAGGAAUGGUGACAUUAAGUCCUUUUUUCAGAAUUAUGAGGCUGCUAAAAGAAGGAAGGUUGCAGCCGAAGAGCAACCUGAAGAUAUAGUGUCAAAUAUUGAAGAUGAAGCAGUCCAUUCUCCACCUCGAGUCCAUUCUGCAUAGAUUGAAUUUGAUAUUGGAGAUGAAGCAGUCCAUUCCGAUGCAGAGAUUGAAAGUGAUAGUGAAGAUGAAGCAGUCCAUUCUCUGUGUGCAAGGCCAUAUAAUAUUCAAAGGCUUCCUCCUGAUCCAGGGGAGAGGAUUCCUAUUUCAGAGUAUGAUGUCGAUGAUCAAGAUGAAGUUCGGAGACGAUACAUUGCAAAGCAAGCAGUCCAACCAUAUGCACACAACUUUCAAGUCAGGAAAAUCUAUGGUAAAAAUCGACACUUCAACUUUGUUUGGUUUGAGACCUACAAAUGGUUAGAAUAUAGUGUCAAAUACGAGGCAGCAUUUUGCUUUGUGUGUUAUUUGUUCAAAGGGAAAUCUAAUGGGGGGCCUAGGGGUGAUGCCUUUGUUAAUGGUGGUUGGAAAAAUUGGUAUAAGCCCGAUGCAUUGGUCAAACAUGUUGGUGGUAUGAAUAGCAUUCACAACAAAGCUCAAGAGAAGUACAAUUUAUUUGUGGCACCCCAACCAUCAAUUGAUAACAUUAUGGUGAGGGUGGAUAAAGAGGAUUUGUGUAUGUACAAGGCUAGGCUGACUUAUUCACUUAGAUGCUUGAGGUUUCUUUUGAACCAAGGAUUGGCAUUUCGUGGACAUGAUGAGUGUGAAGAAUCUAGCAAUAGGGGGAACUUUCUUGAACUUCUUAAAUGGCUUUCGGAAAAUGAUGAAGUUAAUAAACUUGUUUUGAACAAUGCUCCUAGGAAUUGCAUCUUGACUAGUCGAAAGAUACAAAAUCAAAUAAUUGAAUGUUGUGCGACGCAAACAACUAAAAGAAUUAUUGAAGAUAUUGGUGAUGACCACUAUGCAAUCCUAGCCGAUGAGUCUAGUGAUGCAUCUCAUAAAGAACAACUUGCUCUCUGCAUACGAUUUGUUGACAAAUCGGGAAGAGGAUGUGAGAGGUUCCUUGGAGUUGUUCAUGUUGCCAAUACAACUUCAUUGUCACUUAAGGAUGCAAUUCAAACUUUGCUUAAAGAUCAUCAUUUGACUCCUAGUCAAAUACAUGGGCAAGGAUAUGAUGGGGCUAGCGACAUGAAAGGGGAGAUCAAAGGGUUGAAAACAUUGAUCAUGAAAGAGUCACCCUCUGCCUAUUACAUCCAUUGUUUUGCACAUCAACUUCAGUUGGUUCUCAUAGCUGUGGCAAAGGACAAUGAACCAUGUUUGUGGUUCUUUGAUCACGUUUCUUACUUGCUCAAUAUUGUUGGAGUUUCUUGUAAGCGCCACGACAUGCUUCGAGAUGUUAGAGUUCAAAAGGUGUUGGAAGCACUUGAAAUGGGUGAGAUUGAAAGUGGAAGUGGGCUAAAUCAAGAGAUGGGACUAGCUAGACCCGGCGACACUCGUUGGGGUUCUCAUUUUAAAACCAUUAUGCACAUUGUUAGCAUGUAUUCCACAAUCCUUGAAGUACUUGAUGCUAUUGGAAAAGAUCCUUCACAAAAAGGUGAGUGGACAAGAAUACGUGGAGUUGCUCAAGCCUUUGAAUCAUUUGACUUUGUUUUCAAUCUUCACUUGAUGCUUGUUAUUCUUGGCUAUACAAAUGAGUUGUCCAAAUCUUUGCAAAAGAGAGAUCAAGAUAUUGUCAAUGCAAUGACACUUGUUAGUUUGGCAAAGAGUAGAAUGCAACACAUGAGGUCUCAUGGUUGGGAAGAUUUUCUUGCAAAGCUAACCUUAUUUUGCAACAAACAUGACAUUCAAGUUCCUUUGUGGGAGGAUAUUUAUGAGCCUAAUCGAAGAUCACGUCGGUAUUAUGAAGUACAAACAAAUGAUGAUCGUUACAGAAGAGAAGUAUAUCUUGGUGUCAUUGAUCAAACCAUUCAAGAGCUUGACAAUCGGUUUGAUGAGGUUAAUACGGAGUUGCUUAUUUGCAUGUCAGCUUUGAAUCCCCUCAAUUCAUUUGCUUCUUAUGAUGCACUCAAGGUAAUGAGACUUGUUGAAUUCGAUCCCAUGGACAUUUCAAGCACGUCGGUAUUAAAGAAGCAUGUUCUUUAUGAUUUGGUCUACUUACUCAUCAAAUUGAUAUUGAUUUUACCGGUGGUGACGGCGAGUGUUGAAAGAGUGUUUUUCAGCAAUGAAUCUAGUGAAAAAUAAGUUGAAGACUACUAUGAGUGAUGAUCGCUUGAAUGAUUGCUUGGUGACAUUUAUUAAACGGGAUGUGUUCAUGGAAGUAAGCGAAGAUGACAUAGUUGAUGCUUUCAUGGCAAUGCAAAAACGUAGAGUUACCUAGUGAUGUAAUUUUCUACUUGUGCUUCUUUAAUGUAAGACUACUUGUAUUGUAAUUGAGCACAUUUGAGAUAUAUUUUGUGGACUAAAUUGUUGUGAGAUUUGCAUUAAGAUACUCAUGUAUUAUUUUGCCAUAUUUUGUCUGACACAUUGAGUAGGUGGGAAUUUUUUUAGAGUGUGCA